UCGGCCUGCGGUUCCGCCUCAGCCCUGCAGGGGGCAGCACGGCCACGGACCACCGACUGCGCCAAAGGCAGCAAAUCGAAACUCCUCAAUGAGUCCACCUUCGGAUAAGUAGUUUGUCCGUUCUUCGCGGCUUGACGUCUUGACAAAAUGAAUGGUUCAGCGCACCCCUCGCCCAACAUGGUGGACAUAAAGCUGAAGCGCGGCUCUGCGGGUUUGGGGUUCAAUAUCGUGGGGGGCGUGGACCAGCAGUAUGUAGUGAACGACAACGGCAUAUACGUGAGCAAACUUAAAGACGAUGGAGCUGCAGCGGUGGACGGAAGACUCCAAGAGGGAGACAAGAUCCUCGCGAUCAACGGAGUUGUGCUGGAUAAUCUGACGCACCGAGCUACAGUGGAACUCUUCAGGACAGCGGGGGAGGACGUGGAGCUUCGAGUUCUGAAAAAGUUUCCUAAUCACGUCAAUGGACCGACAGGCUCGCGACCCGAGCCCAGGUCUCCCGUGUCUUCUCUGGAAGUACUGGUUGCUUUAGCCGGAGUGGUAGCUGUCUGUGCCGUUAUUUACAUGCGGCUCCGUAAGAAGCACUUUUAACAAAGCCAACGUCUGUUUUAGGAUCAAAAACUUUGCUAAAGGCCAAAGAAAAGGGGGAUCAAACUCUAACAAUCGACGCCGUUAUUUUUUUUUUAUUAAUAGGUGUUCGUGUCGCUGAUGAGUUUUCCCAUGUUCAUGUGUAUGUUGUGAUUUAAUGGUAGCUUCUUGACACCCUUCCUAUGCAUAAGGAUUCUCUUUGCACAACGGUUACCUUUUGAUAGUUAACCCUGUCACCGGGCAGAGGCUGAGGAGGGUUAUCUAUAUUACUGCUGCCGAGGCUGAGUCCAGGCAGAAAGCAAACAGUGGCCCCGGACACAGAAUACAGUUAAUCUCCUUGGGUCAAGUGCGACUUGUUCCAGUUUCAGGGUCCAUUUGUGAGCUGAAAGGCCGUGCCGUGUUCAGUCCUCCGCACUCCUCUGUGCACCUCCAGCCCUGAAUGCCAGAUUUCUCCGAGUGUCAACGUGACAGAAACCUGCUGCACAUUCGGUCCAUCAGUAUUUGGAGAAAGAAAAAAAAAAAGAAAUGAUGGACAGUUUGAUUUUCAUUUUGCAACCUGUUGAACAGAGUUGUGCGAGGAGAGGCAAACCUGCUGUGCUGAAGGAGGCCGGUAGUUGACGUGAUAAGCUGUCUUGGAAAUUACUUAGUGUUUUUUUUUUUUUCUUCUGUCUAUUCAAAGUAGGAUCAAAAUGAAAAUCAACCCAAUACGCCCAUUGACACAUUCAAUUAAAGGAUGUUGCUGGCAAUAAUCUUUCUUUCUUAUUGUCAACAAAUGCCAUUAAAACCAACAGUUGGUUCCUGUUCAUUAAAACGUUACGUCUUCACCCGCUUGUUUGCCUGCAGCUACAAACAAUUGACACAUGAAGAAAAAAUACACAACAUUUUUAGUUUAAAAAAAUGUCUCCUGAAACAGUUGGGCACUGUAAUUUUUAAUAAGUUGCUUAGACAGAAGUAAAUUGCCUUAUUGUGGGGAGGGAGGGAACUAUUCCCAGCUGUGUAUUAUACAUAUACUGUAUAGUGCUUUAGUCGGUACUCUGGGCAGCAGGAGGGUUGAAUGUGACUGAGUCCAAAUAAACGUCAGUGCCAGUGUUAGUUGUAAUGAAGAAACAUGUCAAUCCAGUGUAACAGUGCUGCCCAGUGAUGCAUUUUUAAUCUUUUUUUUUUCCCGACAACGGUGGAACUCUGUUGCACUAUAAUACAUAUCAGAAAAUAGUAAUUCAUUUGGUAUGAAUCUUUAAAUGGGAUUAUCUUAGAGUAAGAAGAGCACUAUCAGAAAGCAAAAUAUGCUUGAAACUAUCACCAAGUAUUUUCUCUUUUAAGGGUUUAUUUUAAGUCAUGUGGUACCUAAUUUCUAAUCAUUUCUUGGAAAGAUUUCAUGUGGUGAGCAGCUUGUUGACUCUGAGAUGCGGGCAUGUUUUUGUUGUGUCGCAGCCAUUUUAGACAUUGUUCUGUUUUAUGGGGCCAGUACUAAUAGUCAUAUUGCACCUUCUGCCAAUGAAUGGAUUUAUGUUAUGAUUCAGUUAAUUUGUGUGAAGAAUCAACAACUUAUACAGAAAAUCAAUUUGAGCAAUUCAAGUAAUGAAAUGUUUUUUCUUUAAACAAAUGAGUUUUUGUUGACCAUUUUUUGUUUUUUGCACUAGCCACAAUCAUGGAACUCCUAACUUCCAUAGAACAGAUGAAUAAGUGAACUGUGUUUGCCUGAUGUGUGUGUUCACAUUUCUCAGUCUGCGGUGCGUCCAUCAUGUCGUCUCUGACCAAAUGUGGCUCUUGUCUGUAAAUACAUUUAAUGUUUUCCUGAAUGGGACUGUGAAUAUGUGCAGGACGCCAGAAAGUGCAGAUCAGAGGCACUAAUAAAUAAUGUAAAAUAUUGUGGGUUUUACUUUCAAGCACCUGCUGUAUUAAAAAUCAUUUCAAAUUA